GACCUAGAUUGUCUCGUGGUAUGCUCAGGUGUGCUGUCAGGAGUUGACAUUUUAAUAGUGAUUUGAAAAGUCCCAAAGUCUAUGCUCUCUAUUUUCACUGGAGAUGGCAGAGCAUCAGUUAUUUAUUUUUGUGUGAACUUCCCACCAGCCAACUGAAGUAAUACAGCUGCUGACCACUUUUUUUUAAUUAUUUUAUUUUAUUUUAUUUAUUACAAUGAUUGUUACUAGCUGUCUGUCUCUUACUUUCAAUUAAAUUUCAUAUACAGUAUUAUACAGUGUACAUUAUGUCAUUCAGUGAGUUCAUCUGAAGGUGAGAAUGACAGCCUCUGCCUCAACUGUUUAGCCUACAAAUCUAUGCGUAUCUGCCACACUCAGAGGCUUUUGAUAAGAGCUCUUGAGACUUCUGGGCAAUAAUGCAAACUGUAACUGUGUACUUCCCAUACAUUGCACAUUUCAGCAGUGUCAACAGUGUUGUCUCAAGGUAAAAACAAGGUUUUGUCUGGCUAUUUGUGCAUACUCAGGGAUAUAAGACAUAGUUCUUGUCUUUCAUGAACAAGUCACUCAUUAGUAACCAUCAGAAAUACAUGUAAAAGCAGAUCUCAGUAUUUAAGACAGUCCUGAGACCAGUUUUUUUUACUUUUCCCUAUGUUGAACUUAACUUUUUACAAACAAUCCAACCUCUAAGUGUUUGCCAUAUGCUAAAUUAGCCUACUUCAACUGAUUAAAGCUUUAUCUAUCAACGUUUAGUAUGUCAAUAUACAUUCUACCUCUGCAGUCCAGUAUGGUAACUCAAAUAUUCUGAAGAUUUUGGGACUAAAUCAAUAACUAAAUAAUUUGCAUCGCCAGUAAUAAUAAUGUAAUUGUUAUAAUUAUCAUAAUUGUCUUUAAAUUGGUAAACUGAUAAACCAAACACACUUUAUCAAUUAAACACAUUGCUAUAUUUUAAAUGUUUCUGUGAGCGUACUGAUGUACUUGUCUUCAUUUGAGUGAUUAUCUCUGUGAAUAAGUUACCGCUUGGUUUAUCUUCUGUUCACAAAGUACUGUUUUUUGAGUAGUUACACAAGCAUAAAAUUCACUUAUCACACUGUGUUGGGGCGGAGGAGUAUAAAACCAGAGAGUUAGCCCGACAGAAGGUAAGAGGCCAAGGAAAGGCAGCAUCUGCUAACUCUACAGAAAGACAUUGACGCUACGCUGCCAUGGAGACAACAGCACAGGACAAAAAGCAUGCAGAGCAUAAGAAGUCAAAGCACACAAAGGAGGUGGACCAGCACUUUACUGAUGUGCACGGCCUGCCUUGUAUUGAGAAGAUUGUGCGUUCAGUCGAGGAGACCCCUGAGCCAAUUGCAACCAAUAUAAUCGGCACAAUUCCAGAGUGGAUCAAUGGAAACUUCCUCAGAAAUGGACCUGGAAAAUUUGAGAUUGGGAACCAAAAGUUUAAUCAUUGGUUUGAUGGCAUGGCUCUACUGCAUCAGUUCAAAAUUGCAAAUGGUGAAGUUACAUACAAAAGCAGAUUCCUGUCAAGCAGCAGCUACCAGGCCAACAGUGAAACCAACCGCAUUGCUGUGUCAGAGUUUGGCACUCUGACAAUGCCAGACCCCUGCAAAAACUUCUUCCAACGCUUCUUGUCUCGAUUUGAGCUUCCAAAACCAACAGACAAUGGUAAUGUGAGCUUCGUGACAUAUAAAGGGGAUUAUUAUGUAAGCACUGAAACUAACUACAUGCACAAGGUCAACCCAGAGACAUUAGAGACCAUUCAAAAGGUGGACUGGAGUAAAUUCAUAGCUGUAAAUGGAGCCACUGCACACCCUCACACAGAACCUGAUGGCACCACUUACAACAUGGGGAAUUCCUACUCCCCCAAAGGAUCACAUUACAACAUCAUCCGCGUCCCUCCAACCAAGACAAGUGACGAGGAAACACUAGAGGGUGCCACAAUCCUCUGCUCUAUCCCUUCAAAGGACAAAACCAAACCCUCCUACUACCACAGCUUUGCAAUGUCUGAGAACUAUGUGGUGUUCAUUGAGCAGCCCAUUAAGAUGGACCUGAUGAAGAUUGUCACAGGAAAGCUGACAGGAAGCAGCAUCAGUGACAGCAUUUAUUGGGACCCAAAUCUCAAAACAAUCUUCCACCUCAUCAACAAACAGACAGGAAAAGUGAGCUCUGUCAAAUACCUGACAAAGCCAUUAUCUACAUUUCAUCAAAUCAACGCUUAUGAAGAAAAUGGCUUUUUAAUCCUUGACAUGUGUGUGUCUGACGAUGGCAAAGCUAUCAAUAACUACAAUGUGCAAAACCUUCGCAAAAGUGGAGAGGCUUUAGAUGAGGUAUACAAUACACUUUGCAGAGUCUUCCCGAGGCGAUUUGUAUUACCUCUCAAUAUAGACCAUGACACUCCAUAUGACCAGAAUUUGAACAACCUUCACAGCAGCACUGCAACUUGCAUUAGGACUUCUAAACACAAGGUGUUUUGUACUCAUGAGGACUUGCACGGGGAGGAUCUGCAUCAGUACGGUGGCCUGGAGUUCCCUCAGAUCAACUAUGGCCAAUAUAACACCCAUCCUUACCGCUACUUCUAUGGCUGUGGCUUCAGGCACCUAGUGGGCGACACCCUGAUUAAGAUGGAUCUGCAGGGGAAGCACAUGAAGGUGUGGGAGAAGCCUGGUCUCUACCCAUCUGAACCCAUCUUUGUUCCUUCUCCCAGUCCCACAGCAGAGGAUGAUGGGGUUGUUCUGUCUGUAGUGAUCACUCCAAAUGAGGACAAGAGCACAUUUCUUCUGGUCUUAGAUGCUCAGACAUUUAAAGAACUGGGUAGAGCUGAGGUGCCAGUCAACAUUCCCUAUGGUUUUCAUGGGGCGUUUAACAACAAAGCAUAAAGGUUUCAUAAAUUUAAAGAUUUUCAGAUCUAUUAAUUGAUGUGCUGUUUUAUGCAUUGUAUAUUUCUUCUUCUUAUUAUUAUUAUUAUUGUAAUGUAUUGCUGUAAAUAUGGUCUAUAUGUUGGCAUUUCUUUCUUUUAUUUUUUCUUUUAUUGAAGACAGCACCAACCUUACAGACAGUGACUAAACUCUGAGGUAAAUAUCCGGUUCAUUUGAAGUUCAUCUGAUAUAGCAGUUAAUAAUUAAUAGUUUGAACCAAUUAGGCUAACAGGCUGACAAGAACGUAGAUUGUACAUAAUAAAAGCAUGUUUAUGGAUAUAUGAGUUUACUACUGAAUCUGUGUUAUCUAUAAAAUUAUUGUUACUGUAAAUUCAUUACUUACCAUAUUUUAUUAGAUUAAAUAAUCUACUUUUAAAUAACACAUGCUUAA